UCUCCGAGUUGCGAGUGUGCUGAGGCUGGGACUGUCACUCAUUCUCCGAUCAGCGCGUGAACGCAGCUCGGCAGCCGCUGGCAGGAAACAAUUCUGCAAAAAUAAUCAUACUCAGCCUGGCAAUUGUCUGCCCCUAGGUCUGUUGCUCUGCCGCCGUCCACACUCGCUGCAAGGGGGGGGGGCACAGAAUUUAUCGCGGCAAGAACAUCACUCCCAGCCAGCAGAUUACAAUGCUGCAAACUAAGGAUCUCAUCUGGACUUUGUUUUUCCUGGGAACUGCAGUUUCUCUGCAGGUGGAUAUUGUUCCCAGCCAAGGGGAAAUCAGCGUUGGAGAAUCCAAAUUCUUCUUAUGCCAAGUGGCAGGAGAUGCCAAAGAUAAGGACAUCUCCUGGUUCUCCCCCAACGGAGAAAAGCUCAGCCCAAACCAGCAGCGGAUCUCGGUGGUGUGGAACGACGAUUCCUCCUCCACCCUCACCAUCUACAACGCCAAUAUCGAUGAYGCCGGCAUUUACAAGUGUGUGGUCACUGGUGAGGAUGGCAGCGAGUCCGAGGCCACCGUCAAUGUGAAGAUCUUCCAGAAGCUCAUGUUCAAGAAUGCACCAACCCCACAGGAGUUCAGGGAGGGGGAAGAUGCUGUGAUCGUGUGUGACGUGGUCAGCUCCCUCCCCCCAACCAUCAUCUGGAAACACAAAGGCCGAGAUGUCAUCCUGAAAAAAGACGUCCGAUUCAUAGUCCUGUCCAACAACUACCUGCAGAUCCGGGGAAUCAAGAAAACAGAUGAGGGCACUUAUCGCUGUGAGGGCAGAAUCCUGGCACGGGGGGAGAUCAACUUCAAGGACAUUCAGGUCAUUGUGAAUGUGCCGCCCACCGUCCAGGCCAGGCAGACCAUUGUGAAUGCCACCGCCAACCUGGGCCAGUCUGUCACCUUGGUGUGUGAUGCUGAAGGCUUCCCAGAGCCCACCAUGAGCUGGACAAAGGAUGGGGAACAGAUAGAGAAUGAGGAAGACGACGAGAAGUACAUCUUCAGCGAUGACAGUUCUGAGCUGACCAUCAGGAAGGUGGACAAGAACGAUGAAGCCGAGUACGUCUGCAUUGCUGAGAACAAGGCCGGCGAGCAGGAUGCAUCUAUACACCUCAAAGUCUUUGCAAAACCCAAAAUAACCUAUGUAGAGAAUCAGACAGCCAUGGAACUGGAGGARCAGGUCACUCUUACCUGUGAAGCCUCGGGAGACCCCAUUCCUUCCAUCACUUGGAGAACUUCCACCCGAAACAUCAGCAGCGAAGAAAAGGCUUCGUGGACUCGACCAGAGAAGCAAGAGACUCUGGACGGGCACAUGGUGGUACGCAGCCACGCCCGCGUGUCAUCCCUGACCCUGAAGAGCAUCCAGUACACAGAUGCUGGAGAGUACAUCUGCACUGCCAGCAACACCAUCGGCCAGGACUCCCAGUCCAUGUACCUUGAAGUGCAAUAUUCCCCCAAGCUACAGGGCCCUGUGGCUGUGUACACUUGGGAGGGGAACCAGGUGAAUAUCACCUGUGAGGUUUUUGCCUACCCCAGUGCUACAAUCUCCUGGUUCCGAGAUGGCCAGUUACUGCCAAGCUCCAACUUUAGCAAUAUCAAGAUCUACAACACUCCCUCUGCCAGCUAUCUGGAGGUGACCCCAGACUCUGAAAAUGAUUUUGGAAACUACAACUGUACUGCAGUGAACCGCAUCGGACAAGAGUCUUUGGAAUUCAUCCUUGUUCAAGCAGAUACCCCAUCUUCACCAUCCAUCGACCAGGUGGAGCCAUACUCCAGCACAGCACAGGUGCAGUUUGAUGAGCCAGAGGCCACAGGUGGAGUGCCCAUCCUCAAAUACAAGGCUGAAUGGAGAGCGCUGGGAGAAGAAGCAUGGCAUGUCAAGUGGUAUGAUGCCAAAGAAGCCAACAUGGAGGGCAUCGUCACCAUCGUGGGCCUGAAGCCUGAGACGACAUAUGAGGUGCGGCUGGCGGCCCUCAAUGGCAAGGGGCUGGGAGAGAUCAGCGCAGCCUCCGGGUUCAAGACACAGCCAGUCCAUAGCCCUCCUCCACCGGCUCCAGCUAGCUCUUCUACCCUUGUUCCAUUGUCUUCACCAGCUACAACCUGGCCUCUUCCUGCCCUUACRUCCUCAGUACUGUCUAAAGGGGAGCCCAGUGCACCUAAACUCGAAGGGCAGAUGGGAGAGGACGGGAACUCUAUUAAGGUGAACCUGAUCAAGCAGGACGACGGCGGCUCCCCCAUCAGACACUAUCUGGUCAAGUACCGAGCGAAGAUCUCCUCCGAGUGGAAACCAGAGAUCAGGCUCCCGUCUGGUAGUGACCAUGUCAUGCUCAAGUCCCUGGACUGGAAUGCUGAGUACGAGGUGUAUGUGGUGGCUGAGAACCAGCAAGGGAAGUCCAAGGCAGCUCAUUUUGUGUUCAAGACCUCGGCCCAGCCCACAGCCAUCCCAGCCAAUGGCAGCCCYACCUCAGGACUGAGCACCGGGGCCAUCGUGGGCAUCCUCAUUGUCAUCUUCGUGCUGCUCCUGGUGGUCGUGGACAUCACCUGCUACUUCCUGAACAAGUGUGGCCUGCUUAUGUGCAUCGCCGUCAAUCUGUGUGGAAAAGCUGGGCCUGGAGCCAAGGGCAAGGACAUGGAGGAGGGCAAGGCGGCCUUCUCGAAAGAUGAAUCUAAGGAGCCCAUCGUGGAGGUUCGAACUGAGGAGGAACGGACCCCAAACCAUGACGGAGGGAAACACACAGAACCCAAUGAGACCACGCCGCUGACAGAGCCCGAGAAGGGCCCUGUAGAAGCAAAGUCGGAGUCCCAGGAGUCAGAAACAAAGCCAGCGCCAGCUGAAGUCAAGACGGUCCCCAACGAYGCCACACAAACAAAGGAGAAUGAGAGCAAAGCAUGAUGGGUGAUGAGCAACGAGCAGAAAUCAAAAUAAAAAGUGACACAGCAGCUUCACCAGAGCAUUUCCAAUACCACACACACGCGCGCGCACACACACACACACACACACAGUCUCAUUCCUCUAGUGUCUUUUGCCUUUAAAAAAAAAAACUAAACAGAUAAACAUGGGAUCUCCUUUUUGUAGGUUUAUAGAAAGGGCUCCUUUGUUGCACACUCACUUGUAAGAAAAUGAGACAAAAAGGUUAAACCCACAGCCAAACUAGGACACUCCGUUCCCUGAAACCAUUUAAAAAUCAAACAAAAGGACCCCAAAUUAAGAAUCUAGGAAGCUAAGGGAAAAAAAAAAAUCUAGGUUCAGAAAGACCACACUUGGUGUUACCGAUUGGCACAGACCAGUUUCAGAGAAAUACUUUCAGGCACUAAGACUAACCGAAUGAACAAAGUCCACAGUUUAUUUUUAUACUUUCAGUCGAGUUCGAACUCUGUAAAACCUCAUAAAUAAGUUAUCAUUUCUGUUCACUUUGUAUUUGUUCAGUAUGCAAAGUGUGUCACCUUUCUAGCUGAAUUCAGUUCCCACGUAGACUCUUGUUUUGUAGGAAGAAUGCCAAAUUGCAGCUUCUGGGGGUAGAUCUCAAUUUGCAGUAUUCGGACUUCUUUUGCUUUCUUUUCCUUUGGCUGUUGUUUUGUUGUUUGUGUUGGUUUCCUCCCUUCCUUUCUGCCAACUUUGUUUUCCAGUGUUUACAGGUUGACAAAUGUUUGACUUCGGUUGUGUUUAAAUGUCCAUGUAAAAUAGCUGCUUUUUUGUUGUUGUUGUUUUUGUUUUUCUCUUCUUUUUUUAGAGUAACAAAUACCGCCUAGAGGUAGGUAGGAUCCUCGUGGGCUUGCUUUAGCACAGGGUGACUUUACAAAAGAUGAUUGUUUACAGUGGUUCUACCCCCUUUUCUGAUUUGCAGUUUUUGCCUGUGUUCAGCUCAGGUGAAAAUCCAUCUCAUUGGAAUGGUUUUGCCUUUCUAUUUUCAGUUCUUUUUGUGUUUUCUUUGGGGGUUAGACCACUUUCUGAUUAGCUGCCACCUGCCUGUAUCUGUGACAAAGGAUCUGCCUCCCAGGUGUUCUCGCCCUUCCUUUUGAAGGACUCCUUAGGCUUUGUUGAAUGAAGCAGAGAAGAUUGUAUAGUUGGGGCUGGUCUUGGUGAACACACAUUUAUACCCCAAACAUCCCCUUUUUGUAGAAAGCCAAAUAAAAUAUAUACAUCCCAUUUCCUUUUGAGCCCAGAAUCUAGAUUUGAGCGGAAGAGCAUGUGUGCUUCAGGGAAUUAGUGUCUUUUUUUGGAAAUCUGUUGAAGUCAAGUAACAUCGGCCUUCUGUUCAUUUUAGGCAGCAUUUGUAGAAACAAAGAAAAAAAAAACUACUGUCUGGAGUCAUAACACAACUUUCCUGGAUUGGAAACC